UAAAUUGACGAGAUCUCGCGUUGUAUUUCUGCUCGGUAGAAAGCCUCGGUGUUUCCUGUGCUCCGAGCCCGGCUUCAGCUGCUCCUCUCGGCCGCGGAGAUGGGGCCUACUCUGGCUAGUAGUGCCAUGGCAUUAGCAAGUGUAGCACGAUAAAAAUGAAUGAAAAACAUAUUACACUUAUUAUUUCUGUUUCUGGCAGAUACUGAAUACUCGUUUACCACUUCAGAUGAAGUAUGUGGGAAGACCGUGGUAGGAAAAAGCACAAAGCUGGUGCACUAAUACGACAAAAAUCUUCUAGUUCUUGUGCUAGUUAGGUUAUGUAGGGUUAGCUAGGUUAGCUAGUCACCCUGCUGGCUGCAUUCCAGUUGUUUAAAAAAGUGACAAGACUUGCUAUGGCACAUCAACCAUUCAUCAAAACAAGGCAAACAGAGAAAACUGUCAAUGGAAUUUCAACUCAAGUUGUUUGCACAGAAUUCAGCAAUUACAUCUUCAUCGUCCUUACACAGUAUGGGAAGAUCGGGACUCUUGUAUCUGUAACACCUGAUGCAAGAUGCAGUGACAUCAGCACACCCAUGUUUACUACUAAGGUGCUCCUAGGAAAAGAUGAGGCUCUCACGCAUGUUUAUGCCAAAAAUAUUGCAACAUUUGUGUCGCAAGAAGCAGGAAAUCGACCCGUUCUUUUGGGACUUGCACUCAAGGACUGCAGUGCUGAAAAUAUGAAAACUCUUAAAGAUAUGAUCAAAAGCUGCCAAGUGUGGUGACCAGAAGGAGUUAUGGAAAAUAUUCACGAGACAGUUUAUGGCACAAAAUAAUAAUUCUUGUGAAUAUUUUUUAAAUCGAUUAACUGUCAUCUUUUUAUGUGUUUGACGUGUUAAGUUUCAAUGUUUUUUUUCUUCAGUGUCACUGUGGAAAUGAUAUUGAAUGCAGAUUUGUAGGAUUUUAAGAGGACCAUCACUGAAUUUCUUCACUAUGGAGAGGAAUUUGUGACAUUGAAAAGCAGUCUCUAAUGUCUAAUGUCCCACACGGGACAUUACUUUCCCACAGCGACAUGCAAAAUACAUGUUAAAAUGAAUAAACGAAACCUACAUUACAUCAUCA